AUGGCCACCCAACUACCACCAAGCAGGAGCCUCUGGGCUGCCUUCCUCCUCCUGAUCUCUUUUUCACACGCCUUCUAUAUUCCUGGAUGGUCAAUAAAGAGCUACAGUGAUGGCGACGUGAUCCCACUGCUCGUCAACAAGGUCUACUCGGACAAGACCCAAAUUCAAUAUGCCUAUUCUGAGCUCCCUUUCGUAUGCCCUCCCAGUGGCCGUCGAAGAGUCGGUGGUCUCAUCUCUGGAUCGAGUAUCGCACUGAACCUGGGCGAGGUCCUCCGAGGUGAUCGCAUCGUCGUCAGUGACUAUGAAUUGGAGAUGGGAAAAGAUGACGAGGUCCACUACCUCUGUAGCCACAAGGUCGACAGGGCAGGUCUGAAGAGGGCUCAAGAGAUUGUGAAGGACAACUACGUGGCCGAAUGGGUCGUCGACAACUUGCCCGGCGCAACCAACUUCGUGUCGGCCGACAAGACUCGCAAAUACUACGCAUCGGGCUUCAAGAUGGGCUUCCAAGAUGAGGAUCCCACUACCGGUCGUCCACGUUAUUUCAUCAACAACCACGUCACACUCGUCAUUCGCUACCACAUGGCUCCAGGAAGAGAUGGUCAACAAGGCAAGAAGGUCAUAGUCGGUUUUGAGGUCUAUGCAAAGAGCAUCGAGUCUGGCAAUAGAGACGCUCAGGGUAUACCCGCUUCCAUCGCCGACGUCAGCAAUGGCAUGGAGCUGACCAUGCGUAAAAACGGCACUGCCGCUGCCGCUUACUAUUCCUCGGACUCGACCUACCAUCCAGCUUCUAUCGACGAUGUCGACGAGGAUGCCACCCUCACCAUUCCCUAUACCUAUUCGGUCUACUUCCGCGAGGAGCCACAUGUCGAGUGGCAGAACCGUUGGAGUCUGUUCUUCGCCGACCAGGAUGACACCACUGGUACCCAUUGGUUCGCCAUCGUCAACUCGAUCAUCAUUUCUGGACUGCUCACAGCCGUUGUUGCAGUGAUCUUCGCUCGCACCAUUCGUGGUGAUCUCAAGGCUGCCAGCGUCGAAGAUGGUAAGCUCAAGGUCAAGCGCGGCAGGACUGGCACUCGAUCCCCUCGUAAGCCCGACGAGAAAACCGGAGGUCUGCUCGACCAAGGCGAUGUCGACAACGACAUCUCAUCGGAUGAUGAACCUGUGGAAGAUCUCACUGGUUGGAAGUUGGUGCACGCAGACGUCUUCCGUACCCCUGCAAAUGGUGGUGUUCUGGCCGCCCUUGUCGGCUCCGGAACUCAGCUGAUCUUCGUGGUCGCUGGCUUGAUCAUCCUAUCUUGCUUCGGCAUUCUCAAUCCUUCCUUCAGAGGCGGCUUUAUCAGCGUCGCUGUUGCUCUCUUCGUCCUCGCUGGCCUUAUCUCCGGAUACUUCAGUGCGCGUGUAUACAAGACCUUUUCUGGCCAGUUCUGGAAGAAAAACUGCUUCGUCACUGCGACUCUAUUUCCUGGUCUUGUUUUCACAAUCAUCUUCAUUCUCAAUCUCUUUGUCUGGGCACAGGCUUCGAGCACCGCUCUACCCUUCGGAACACUCGUCGGUCUUGUUGCACUUUGGCUUCUUAUUCAACUCCCUCUCGUCUACAUUGGCUCUUGGUAUGGAUAUGUGCGUGUCGGGGCUUGGACUCACCCGAUCAGAGCAAGUACCAUUCCUCGUCAGAUUCCCCAGCAGAGCUGGUACAUCCGCAGCUGGCAGAGUGUCCUUCUUGCAGGUUUACCGGCGUUCUUUGUUGUUGCUAUCGAGCUCAUGUUCGUCUUCAAGAGUAUCUGGCAAGACAAGAGCGGCUACUACUAUGUUUUCGGCUUCCUCGCUGUCGUAGCAGUCAUGCUCGUUGCAGUAGUGAUGGAGGUCACGGUCAUAGCUGUUUACAUUCAGCUAUGCUCUGAGAACUAUCACUGGUGGUGGCACAGCUUCAUGGUCGGUGCCUCGAGCAGUUUCUGGAUCUUCGCCUAUUGCGUUUAUUACUACUUUAAUCACCUGCACAUUCAUGGCUUCGUCUCGUCGUUGCUCUUCUUUGCAUACUCGGGUCUUGCAUGCGCCGUCUACGCUCUGCUGACUGGAACCAUUGGGUUCUUGACUGCAUAUGCUUUCGUGCGUAGAAUCUAUGGUGCCAUCAAGGCUGAUUGA